GGUAUUGCCGCUUAGAGGACUGUCUUCGUCACCUACCGCGGAGUGGCCGAGAAAACCAACCAACCCUCUUACUACUAACCAAAAACCAAAACAAUUUCAAAACCUCUUGAAAAUAUACAUAAGUAUUGUACAACCCUUUGUUUCAUUAUCAUGGCUAUGGCGUGUGCAAAACUCAACACUUUGUCUUCUCAGUGGAUCGCCCACAACUCUUUCUCUCCACGCCGUGGAUCAUCUCAUCUCAUCGCCACUCGCCGAGUCUCCCUUCCGAUCCGUGCUUCGUACUCCGAUGAACUCGUCCAAACCGCUAAAUCUAUUGCAUCUGCUGGUCGUGGAAUUCUUGCAAUUGAUGAGUCAAAUGCAACCUGUGGGAAGCGUUUAGCAUCCAUUGGAUUGGACAACACCGAGGUCAAUCGCCAGGCCUACAGGCAGCUUCUGCUCACCACACCUGACCUUGGUGAAUACAUUUCAGGUGCCAUUCUUUUUGAAGAAACCCUUUACCAGUCUACAACUGAUGGAAAGAAGUUUGUGGAUUGCCUCCGCCAAGAGAACAUUGUUCCCGGCAUCAAAGUUGAUAAGGGUCUUGUCCCUCUGCCGGGGUCCAACAAUGAAUCUUGGUGCCAAGGGUUAGAUGGAUUGGCUUCUAGGUCUGCUGAAUACUACAAGCAAGGUGCUAGAUUUGCCAAGUGGCGGACAGUUGUUAGCAUUCCAUGUGGUCCUUCUGCAUUAGCUGUUAAGGAAGCAGCAUGGGGACUUGCACGUUAUGCUGCUAUCUCUCAGGACAACGGUCUUGUUCCAAUUGUAGAGCCUGAAAUUCUUCUAGAUGGAGACCACCCAAUUGAGAGGACAUUGGAAGUGGCUGAGAAGGUCUGGGCAGAAGUCUUCUUCUAUUUGGCUGAAAACAAUGUCAUUUUUGAGGGAAUUUUGCUCAAACCUAGCAUGGUUACGCCUGGAGCUGAACACAAGGAGAAGGCUUCUCCAGAAACUAUUGCCAAAUAUACUCUAACCAUGCUUAGAAGAAGAGUCCCUCCUGCUGUCCCAGGAAUCAUGUUUUUGUCAGGUGGACAAUCCGAAGUAGAAGCAACACUAAAUCUCAAUGCAAUGAACCAAAGUCCCAACCCAUGGCAUGUUUCUUUCUCAUAUGCACGAGCUCUGCAGAACACCGUGCUUAAGACUUGGCAAGGACGCCCUGAGAAUGUGGAAGCUGCUCAGAAGGCUCUUUUGGUUCGUGCUAAAGCAAACUCCUUGGCUCAACUUGGAAGAUAUUCUGCCGAGGGUGAAAGUGAAGAGGCGAAGAAGGGAAUGUUUGUCAAGGGCUAUACCUACUAGAAGUUUCUGACCCUUGUCUUUGGCCUUCAGUUGUUUUGUUUUAACUGUUUAUCAUUCCUUAUUAGCAGUGGAUUCUAAGGAGACUUAGAUGUGUUGUAUUUUCGUUUUUUCAACUUCUAGCAAAUGAGUUUGAAUAAAGAGAGAUCUAGAACGAAGGCUUUUUCCUUAGUAAGAUAAGGUUGGCGAUUAGUAAAAACCAAAUGGGAAAGAAGAAAAACAAAGUUUACUGCUUUUUUAUGUUUGUUUGACCUGUUCAGAUUUUGCUCUUGGCUAUUCCGUUUGUAAUAAUUCAUAUUUAAUCCACAUCGUAUCUGAAUGCUUAAAGCUUUAUGGAGAAGUGAUCUAAAUUACUUGC